UGGGCGGAAGGGGCGGAGCGAGAGGGGAGGCCCCGCCCCUUGUCUUCCGGGUCUAAGCGGGAGGAGGGUUAGUUGCCUGGAGACGGAAAAGAGCGGGCUCCGGGCGCCGGCCGGGUUCCCUCGGGCUCGGCCAUGAGCGAGUUCCGGCUGCACCGCGACGUGGACGAGCUGCUGCGGCUGCUGCUCCUGCGGAGGGGCGAGGCCGGGGCGGGGGGCCCGCUGGGCGCGGAGGGCUUCGUGGAGGUGCUCCAGAAGGGCCGCGCGGGGCCUGCCGCAGCCCCCUCCGCCGCCGCCGCCGCCGCCGCCAAGGCCAAGCUGGCAGAGUGCUCUCGCUGCCCGGAGACCUUCCUGCGGAAGUACGAGGAGCUGAAGGGCAAGAAUGCGCGGCACCUCGAUGCCCUGCUCGGCCUCCUCGCCCGCCUGGCGGGGGACACCCCGACCCUCCAGUUCCUUCAGCAGAACGCCAAGGAGAGAGCUGAGCUUGCUGGGGCCACCGCUUCCAUCUCCGGCCCCACACUCGCCUCCUCCACGACCACCUCCUCCUCUUCUUCAGCCCCGAAAAUGACGGCCCAGGAGCUGGAGGAGCUCCGCAAGCAGCUGGGCAGCGUGGCCGUCUCCGGACCCCAGCUCCACCGGCCCAAGCCGCUGGACCAGGUGCGGAGGGAGCUGAGAGACAAGCAGGGCCGGAAGAACGCCGGGCAGCCCCUCCCCUCCUUCCCAGCCUGGGUCUACGAGCGGCCCGCCCUCCUCGGGGACUUCCUCCCAGGCUCCGGGCUCAGUACAGACACUGCCGUGCCCAUAGGCACGCUCCCGCUGGCGGCCCAGGAGUCGGCGCUGGUGGAGGACCUGCUCUACGUCCUGAUCGGGGUGGACGGGCAGUACAUCGCCGCCCAGCCGCUGGUGGGCCAGGAGGGGCGGGCCUUCCUGGUGGACCCCAACCUGGACAUGUCCGUCAAGGAGCUGGUCGGGCGGAUCCUCCCUGUGGCCGCCAGUUACUCUGGAGUGACCAGGUUCGUUGAGGAGAAGGCCUCGUUUGAGUACGGCCAGGUGAACCACGCGCUGGCAGCCGCCAUGCGGACCCUGGUCAAGGAGUACAUGAUCCUGGUCACCCAGCUGGAGCACCUCCAGCGCCAGGGCCUCCUGUCCCUCCAGAAGCUCUGGUUCUACAUCCAGCCCACCAUGCGGACCAUGGAGAUCCUGGCCUCCAUCGCAACCGCCGUGGACAGGGGCGAGUGCCUGGGGGGCGCCACGCUCAGCCUGCUCCACGACAAGACCUUCAGCUCCACGGGGGACAGCCAGGCCCAGGAGCUCUGCCUCUACCUGACCAAGGCCGCCAGCGUCCCCUAUUUCGAGAUCCUGGAGAAGUGGAUCUACAGGGGCAUCAUCAACGAUCCCUACAGUGAAUUCAUGGUGGAGGAGCAUGAGCUGCAGAAGGAGAAGAUCCAGGAGGAUUACAACGAUAAGUACUGGGACCAGCGGUACACCCUCGUCCCGCAGCAGAUCCCGUCCUUCCUGCAGAAAGUGGCAGACAAGAUCCUCAGCGCAGGGAAGUACCUGAACGUGGUCCGGGAGUGUGGCCAGAACGUGAGCUGCCCUGUGGCCAAGGAGGUCAUUUACACCCUGAAGGAGCGGGAGUACGUGGAGCAGAUCGAGAAGGCCUACAGCUACGCCAGCAAGGUCCUCCUGGACUUCCUCAUGGAGGAGAAGGAGCUCGUGGCCCAUUUACGCUCCAUCAAGCACUACUUCCUGAUGGACCAAGGGGACUUCUACGUCCACUUCAUGGACCUGACGGAGGAGGAGCUGAAGAAGCCCGUGGAGGACAUCGUUCCCACCCGGCUGGAGGCGCUGCUGGAGCUGGCCCUGCGGAUGAGCACGGCCAACACGGAUCCCUUCAAGGACGACCUCAAGAUCGACCUGAUGCCCCACGACCUCAUCACGCAGCUCCUGCGGGUCCUGGCCAUCGAGACCAAGCAGGAGAAGGCCAUCCUCAGUGCUGACCCCACGGAGCUCUCCCUCAGCGGCCUGGAGGCCUUCUCCUUCGACUACGUGGUCAAGUGGCCACUCUCUCUGAUCAUUAACAGGAAGGCCCUGACACGCUACCAGAUGCUCUUCCGGCACAUGUUCUACUGCAAACACGUGGAGAGGCAGCUCUGCAACGUCUGGAUCAGCAGCAAAGCUGCCAAGCGCUACUCGCUCCAUUCCUCCAAGUGGUUUGCAGGAGCCUUCACCCUCCGCCAGCGGAUGCUCAACUUUGUGCAGAACAUCCAGUACUACAUGAUGUUUGAGGUCAUGGAGCCGACGUGGCACAUCCUGGAAAAGAGCCUCAAGUCGGCCUCCAACAUUGAUGACGUCUUGACGCACCACACCAGCUUCCUGGACAACUGCCUGAAGGACUGCAUGCUCACCAACCCGGAGCUGCUGAAGAUCUUCUCCAAGAUGAUGUCCGUCUGCGUCAUGUUCACCAACUGCAUGCAGAGGUUUUCCCACAGCAUGAAGCUCGACAGUGAACGGGGAGCGAUGCAGGAGGAGGAGGAGGAGGAAGAGCACUCGGAGGAGGAGCCCGUGUCUGCCUCCCGGAAGCAGAGGACCAGGAAGCUGCGGGCAGACUCCCUGCACGUGACGGCGGGCUUCGAGGCCACCAUCAACAAGUUUGACAGGAACUUCUCUGCCCACCUCCUGGAUCUUCUGGACAAGCUGAGCCUCUACAGCACCAACGACUGCGAGCACAGCAUGAUCAACAUCAUCUACAGGUUGGACUUCAAUGGCUUCUACACGGAGCGCCUGGAGCACAUGUCUGCAGAGCGGGGCCAGAAGGCGGUGGCCACGCAGUGAGCGGGGGUUCCCUGCACAGCCUUGCCUGUUGACGCCAGCGUGAGGCCUCCUGUUACUGGACACAACUGUGUUUUCACGCAUCAUUCAUGCUACUGUUAUUAUUAUUAUUGGUUGUUUGGCAUGACAUUCCUUGGUUUCCUUUUUUCAUUCCCGCCCGCCUUCCUCUCUGAAGGAAAUGAGGAACCAAGAAUGGUGGAAGUCGAAGCGCAGGGCAAAGUGGAGGUCGGGGAGUGCCCUCAGGAGCCCAAAUAGCGGUGAGCGUUUUGCUCAGGAGGCCUCAUGGCUGGUGGAAGUUCUCAGGAGGCAAAAUGGCAGGAAUGAGGAAAAAAUUGUGGAUGGAAUUUCUCUUCAAGAGGCGAAAUGGCAGCUGGGGCUUCUCCUCAAGGAGCCAAAUGGCGUCCAGGAAUUAUCAAGAGACCAAAUGGCAGGAAGGAGCCAAAAUUGUGUGAGUUCUCAUCAGGGAAAAUAUGGAUUUUUGCCUCUUUGAUAGGCAAAAUGGCAGCUGGGAGUUCUCCUCAAGGAGCCAAAUGGCGGACUGGAAUUGUCAAGAAGCAAAAUGGUGGCCGUGAGUUCUCAGGAGGCCAAAUGGUGGAUGGAAGUCCUCAGCACACAAAAUGGCAGGAACAGGGUAAAAAUGGCAGGUGGGAGUUCUCCUCAGCCGGGAAAAUUGUGGCCGUGAGUUCUCAAGAGGCCACCGCUACCACCACCGUCCUCUGGUGAUGCCGCUUCUUGCCAUCACUACCACCACCAUCCUCUUCUUGUAGCACCACGUCCACUCAGUGCCACCCGCCAGGUCUCGUCCCACGUCAUGGGAGGCGGACACCCACCAGGCACAAGGAGGAUUGACCCGCUGUAUCACCACCUUGAAGAUGACGUAUGAAAGAUCUCCCUCCCGAUUCCAGGAGGGGCAAUACCGGGAAGCUGGUAGCCUUGUGAUGGCCCUACGGGAGGAAGAGGAGAAGACAGCCCUCCACAUCCUCUCCUGGUGCUUCGUCUUCCUUGAGUUCCUGCGGCUGGAAGAGCAAUCCCGGCAGACCCAGGUGGACAAGGAACGGCAGGCUUUUUGACAUCUUGGAGGAUGAAGCCCACUGGGAGUGCGGGUGAAGAAGGAUCAUCAAAAUGAGAACGAAGUGAUGGAAGACCACCACCAUUAGCCCACACUUCCCACCUCAUGACGGUGCUCCUCUCACCGCCGUGUCAGCUGUAGCCACCUCCCCGCAGCCCCGACUUCACCACAGAACAAUUCCAUCUAAGUCUUGAGAACUUCCACAAGCCCCUCCACAAGUGCUGAAGUUGGAAGACUUUUUCUUAAGGGAGAAACAUGCCAAGAGGAAGGCGCGUCAAGCCAACCCUGACCGGGACUGCCUUCCACCUGGACACUGAUGUCCUCACUGCGUGUAAGGUUCUCUUCUCCCAGUUGUGCUGUGGUCCGUCUUCCAAAGAAAAGCACCAAGACACACGCGGGUAGAUUCCAACAAGUUUUUAUUGUACCGAAUGCCAGAACCUUCUUUUGGCCCACAUAUAUAGGGGCUCCCACAUACCAGAGGGUAAUUGAUGUUCUAUGGCCGGCCUGCUUUAUGGCUGGCAUCUGUUCCUUGUCAGCCAACCAGAGAUGUCAAGGAUUGGAGAUCCUGACACUGCGAUAGAACAUGCAAAUCAAGAAUAGGUCUCUUCAGCCACCUAAGAACCCACCCACAGGACCCCACGGCUGGAGGACCAUCGUCCUCGAACUACGAGGGAUCCCCUAAGUAAGUAAGUCAUGCCAUGUUGCUGUUGUUAUAGUCGUUUUUAAUUUUCAACAUUAGUUAUGCUAUUAAAAUAAUAUUUCUUACGGAAAAUCUAA